AUGGCACGCAUGCGCAUGAAGAAGUUGGAGGAAUAUCUUUCCGGAGUAGAUGGGUUUCAAAAUCCCAAAAUUAAGUUAGAGCAGUACCCCACACCACCUCACAUAGCCAGCUGUAUACUGUAUAAUGUCCAAGCGCAAUUUUCCGAUUUGGAAGGUAAACUAGUCGGCGAUUUAGGUUGUGGAUGUGGCAUGUUAAGCAUUGGUUCUUUUUUGUUGGGAUCCCAACUAACCAUAGGUUUUGAAUUGGAUCCAGAUGCAAUAGAUGUGUUUCGCUACAAUGUUAACGAAAUGGAACUGCCUGCCAUUGAUUGCGUUCAAACGGAUGUUUUGGAACUUUCUGGUACAAAAUGGGAAAAUGUUUUCGACACCAUUGUGACUAAUCCCCCGUUUGGUACAAAACACAAUGCCGGCAUGGAUAUGCAGUUUAUUGAAACUGCAAUUCAUUUGGCCACAGCUGCUGUAUAUUCGCUACACAAGACAUCCACAAGGGAUUAUAUUCUGAAAAAAUCAAAGGAUUGGAAAGUUAGAGGUGAAGUUGUGGCUCAACUGAAAUAUAAUAUUGACAACAGCUACAAGUUCCACAAAAACAAAUCGGUUGAUAUUGAAGUUGAUUUCUGGCGUUUUGAUGUGACAGAGAAAGAAUUGUAACAUAGUACUAUUAAUUACACAUACAUAUGUAAUUAUUAUUGGAAUUCGUCAUUUAUUUUCAGUAUAUUUACAAGUGAAAUGAAGUGUUUAUAAUUAAUAUUUUGAAUAGAUAAAAUUCUUUUCGUGCAUUUAUAACUCACAAA